GACCGUGAGCGGAGCAUGGGGCGGCGGCUCCUCCGGGCGCUCCUCUACCUCCUUCUCCUGGCUGGCCGCGGGCAGCUGCGGGACGGCGCCUCCGCCGCCACCGCCGCGCACGGCUGCCUGUUUGACCGGAGGUUGUGCUCCCCUCAGGAGGUGUGUGUGCAGGAUGGGCUGUUUGGCCAGUGCCAGGUGGGCUCCGUGCAGGACAGACCCUACUUCCAGAUCACCUCUCCUGUGCUCCAGCGCCUGCAGGAUGUCUUACGGCAUCUCAUGGCACAAGGGCUCUCGUGGCAGGACAGCAUCACGCAGUAUGUGAUUUCACAGGAGAUGGAGCGCAUCCCCCGCCUCCGCCUGCCGCCCUCGCUGGAGCCAGUGGCCAGGGACAGGUUCCUGCCACUCCGUGUUGAGCCCCGGCGAGCCCCGCUUCCCCUAGACCGUGGCCUGCCAGCAGCUCAGCAUCUGGGGCAGCCCCCACCACUAUUACCUUCCCCACUGGUGCAAAGGUACCUGGAGCACCUCCUGCUGCCCUCCCCGUCCCAGCUGGGCUAUGAGGAGGCUCUACUCAACCCCUACUCCUACCACAAGUUUGGCUACCAGGAUGGUGCUCACCAGCAUCCCAGCGGCUCAGCCAGGCAGAGCUCUGAGACCUCCUCGCUACUGGGCCGGGUCCCUGCCCAGGCCCUUUUUGGGGCUGGCCCUGUGCCCUCCUAUGGUGCACAGCCAGGAAUGGAUGGGGGGCAUCUCUUCCAGGACUUGGGCAUGCUUUCCCUGCCCAGAGAGAAAGCCAGCCGCCCAGACCCUGCCAGCACCAGGCUCCAGCACAGCUUGCAACUCCCCAGUGACUACAGAAGCACGGAGGAGAGGGAGCAGCCAGCACCCUUGGCUGCCCAGCCACCCUCUACACAGACAGAUGCUGCCCUGAAGAGACUGGCCUCCCUCCUGGCCAGCUAUGGCCUCGGGCUGCCAGAGCUGAGCCCCCAGCAACUGAGCAGCCUCUCCAGCCUCAUCCAACUGCUCCAGAGCUCUGGUGUUGUUGGCCCUGAAGUGCCCACAGUCAAACGGGUGGGUUUGCAGCAGGGUGGUGCUGGAGGAGAUGCCACACCACAGGUGACGGAGGGGGACAUGCAGCACGGAGAGGAGCCAGUGCCCCCUUCCUCCACAAUGCCGCCCCCUAAAAUCCCAGCCAGCAGCUCCCCAGGGGAUGUGCCAAAGGGCAGAGUGGCAUCCUCAUCAGCUCCCCAGGCCGAGCCACAGGGGGCACAUGGUGGAGAUGCAGUCAGCCCCAGGCAGCAGAUUCUGGUGGAGAAGAAGAGCUACACGGAGACAAAGGAUGGUGGGGCACAGCGGCACAUGCAUCCACCAGACGAGUAUGGCUACAUCAUCACAGACCAGAAGCCCCUGGGGCUGGCUGCUGGUGUGCGGCUGCUGGAACUCCUUGCCAAGCACCUCCACCUCUCCACCACCAGCUUCAUCAACAUCAGCGUUGUGGGUCCUGCACUUACCUUCCGCAUCCGACAGAACCCUCAGAACUUCUCCCUGACAGAUGUGGCCAGCCAGACUGAGCAAGUGAAGACAGAGCUGGAGCAUGAGCUGGGCCUGAAGAUUGUGCAAACAGGAGUGGGAGAGCGAAACGAGGCUGCUGCCUAUUCACGCCCAUCCCACUUCAGGGAUGGCUUCCACUCGGUGCUGCUGACCUUCAUAGCGCUGGCCUGCGUGGCGGGCAUUGCCAUCGCAAUUUCUGCAGCCUUCUGCCUCCGGCGCCAUGCCAAGCAGCGGGAGAAGGAGCGCCUGGCCGCCCUGGGGCCAGAGGGUGCUGCUGACACCACCUUCGAGUACCAGGAGCUGUGCCGCCAGCACAUGGCUGCCAAGUCUCUCUUUGGCCGCACUGAGACAGCGGCAGCACCAGCAGAGACCUCGAGGGUCAGCAGCAUCUCAUCCCAGUUCAGCGACGCCCCACAGCCUAGCCCCAGCUCUCACAGCAGCACACCCUCCUGGUGUGAGGAGCCCGUCCAGUCCAACAUGGACAUCUCCACUGGACACAUGAUCCUGGCCUAUAUGGAGGACCACCUCCGCAACCGGGACCGGCUGGCCAAGGAGUGGCAGGCGCUCUGCGCCUACCAAGCUGAGCCCAGCAUCUGCUCCAUCGCCCAGAGCGAAGCCAACCUGAAGAAGAACCGCAACCCUGACUAUGUGCCAUAUGAUCACGUGAGGAUCAAACUGAAAGCCGAGAGCAACCCCUCCCGCAGUGACUUCAUCAAUGCCAGUCCAAUUAUCGAGCAUGACCCGCGGAUGCCAGCGUACAUCGCCACACAGGGGCCACUGUCCCACACUAUUGCUGACUUCUGGCAGAUGGUGUGGGAACAUGGCUGCACUGUCAUUGUCAUGCUGAGCCCUCUGGCUGAGGACAGUGUCAAGCAGUGUGACCGAUACUGGCCAGAUGAAGGCUCCUCUCUCUACCACAUCUACGAGGUGAACCUGGUGUCAGAGCACAUCUGGUGCGAGGAUUUCCUGGUGCGCAGCUUCUACCUGAAGAACGUGCAGUCGCAGGAGACCCGCACCCUGACGCAAUUCCACUUCCUCAGCUGGCCAGCCGAGGGCAUCCCCACCACCACCCGGCCCCUCCUCGACUUCCGCAGGAAGGUGAAUAAGUGCUACCGGGGUCGCUCCUGCCCUAUUAUUGUGCACUGCAGUGACGGUGCAGGCAGGACCGGGACGUAUAUCCUUGUCGACAUGGUCCUGAACCGAAUGGCCAAAGGGGUGAAGGAAAUAGACAUAGCUGCUACACUGGAGCACAUCCGAGACCAGCGGCCUGGCAUGGUGCAGACCAAGGACCAAUUUGAGUUUGCGCUGACGGCCGUGGCCGAAGAAGUGAAUGCCAUUCUGAAGGCACUCCCGCAGUGAUGGCGAAGAGUUCUCUCAUCUGUCUCCGUGCCCCCGCUUCAUGCUCUCCUCAUUCUGCCUUUGGGGCUGCUCUCCCUGUAAAAUGCUGUCUGUGCUUCUGGCUCUGUUCCCCCUGCCCCCAGGCCCCCCUUUUCCUCUCCCCAAGAACACCAACCUCAGGCCCUCUGUGUGCAGGAACCCCAUUGCACCUGCUGUCACCAGAGGGGACAGGGCUCAUGUCCCCUAUGCCUGCAGAGGAGGGGAGCAGGUGGUGCUGCUGGGAACUGGCGGGAGGGGCCCCCCAGCUGGUCUCCUGCACCCCAACCUGUCAGUCCUGUGUUAGCUCUCUCCCUGUACCACGUGAGGGGCAGAAGUGGGCAGGAGUCCCCUACAGCUGAGGGGAGCACAGGGUGCAGGGGGACCUGGCCCAGCCCCAGGUCCCCUUUGUGUGCUCCCUGCCUUGUCACUUGAGCAGAAGAGAAAUUUCUAGAGAAAUAUAAUUUUGUAUCUUGAUGUGAAUAAAGUUCUCGUGUCACGUUCGUGCAGCUGCA